UCUCGAACAGAUUGUUACAAAAUGCCUCCCCAGACAAAGGAUGAGGAUGUUAGCCAAAAACAGGUCGCCAUUCCCGAUUGGGUUAAGCCAAAAGUCUUUGAGGAGCUGCUUAAAAGGAUUGUCAAGGAUUACAGAGCAACAAAAUCCAUGAGGGCAAGUGCAGGAGUCGCUGCUGGCGAGAACUAUGCCACCGUAAUGCUUAGAAUUGAACUGGAUGUUGAAAAAGAAGAUAACACUCAAACCACUAAGGCAUUUAUGCUCAAGACUCCCCAUCAGUCAGAGCAGUAUCGUAAAAUAAUCGAGAAGACAGAUAUCUUCGAUGUGGAGCGAGGAAUGUAUGUGGAAGUAGUGCCCGAACUGGAGCAACUGUAUCGCGAUGUGGGAUUGGAGGUCAAGUUUGGAGCUGAACUCUACGAAAUGGAGGCCAGCGACUACUACGUCCUGCUGGAGGAUCUCCGGCCACGUGGUUUCGGGAACAUAGAUCGCCUCGAAGGCAUGGACCAGGCUCACACCGAAAGUGUCCUCAAGAAAUUUGCCCAGUGGCAUGCGGCCUCUGCCGUUAGAGUGGAAACAAAGGGUCCUUAUCAGGAGAAGUACACACAGGGAUUUUUAAAGAACGAGGAAAUCAUAGAUGCCUUUAUUAAUCGGAGUAUGAAAGUUUUUCUGGAUAACGUCCAUCUGUGCAAGGGUUUCGAGACUUAUCUUAAUGAUCUGCGCAUUGCCUCCGGCAAGACAUUCGAAAUUGUGGAGAAACUAAACAAUCCGAGUCCUGAUGAAUUUAUUGCGUUAAACCAUGGCGAUGGUUGGGCCAACAACAUUAUGUUCCAGUACAAUAAGAAAGGCGAGAUACAGGAUACGUACUUUGUCGAUCUGCAGGUCCCCAAGUGGGGAUCAGUGACCCAGGAUCUGUACUACUUCCUUUUGUCUUCUACAAGCUUGGACAUAAAAACAUCAAAGUUUGAUUACUUCAUCUGGUUUUACCACUCCGAAUUGGUAAAGCAUCUCAAACUGCUUGGAUAUUCGAAAACUCUUCCCACUUUAAGAAGUAUUCACGACGCUCUCAACAAAUACAGUGGAUGGUCGUUCAUCUGCGCCUCAACCAUAUUGGCAUAUGUACUCCUGGAUCCUGUAGACGGAGCCGAUUUUGAUAGAGUUCUUGGUGAUGACGACUGCAGUUUUAAAAAAUCGUUAUACAUUAAUCCCAGAUUUCGCAAACAUAUGGAGGUUCUAUUGCCAUGGCUUCAGCAUCGAGGAGCUAUGGAAUAGACACUUAGAAUGCACAAUAUUAUAUUGUUUAUAUAUAUUAAAAGUAUGUAGGGUGUAUAACGAAAAAAUGAAACUAAAGUUUGCUAUACAGUAACGUGUUGUGCAAUAUCUAAUAAAGACCUAACUAGUGA